GGUUGCGGGCAGGAGACGCUCUGUCCCACGCUCUCCCAGUGCUCGGUGGUUUAAAGAUGGCGGCAGCGGCAGUAGCGGCAGCAUUGGGGGCGCGGAGCCGCGGGAUGGGAAGGGAAAAGGAGAACCUGUGAGGCGUCGGGAGGCGGCGCGGCGCCUGCUGUGAGGAGUCGGGUGCGGAGCCGCAGGCGGCCGGACCGCUCAGGGCCGGGGCCCGGGUUGGGAAGGAGAGGCCGGAGCAGCGCCUGGAAUCCCGAGGCCGGAGCCGGGGAGGAAUGUGACCAGGGGUCGUCGGGGGCGCGGGAGUAAGCGAGCGCAGGGAUGGGGCAGCAGGUGGGCCGCGUCGGGGAGGCUCCGGGGCUUCAGCAGUCGCAAGCCCGCGGGAUCCGGGGCAGCAGCGCAGCCAGGCCCUCCGGUCGCAGGCGGGACUUGGUGGGGCGCACCGCAGAGGCCGGCUUCAAUAUCUUCACCCAGCAUGAUCACUUUGCCAGCUGUUUGGAGGAUGGAUUUGAGGGAGACAAGACUGGAGGCAGUAGUCCAGAAGCCUUGCACCGCCCCUACGGUUGUGAUGUUGAACCCCAGGCCCUGAACGAAGCCAUCAGGUGGAGCUCCAAGGAGAACCUGCUCGGAGCCACCGAGAGUGACCCUAAUCUCUUUGUUGCACUUUAUGAUUUUGUAGCAAGUGGUGAUAACACACUCAGCAUCACUAAAGGUGAAAAGCUCCGAGUCCUUGGUUACAACCAGAAUGGUGAGUGGAGUGAAGUUCGCUCUAAGAAUGGCCAAGGCUGGGUGCCAAGCAACUACAUCACCCCUGUGAACAGCCUGGAAAAACAUUCCUGGUACCAUGGACCUGUGUCUCGCAGUGCAGCAGAGUACCUACUCAGCAGUCUAAUCAAUGGCAGCUUCCUGGUGCGAGAGAGUGAGAGCAGCCCCGGGCAGCUGUCAAUCUCGCUUAGGUACGAGGGGCGUGUAUAUCACUACAGGAUCAAUACCACCACAGAUGGCAAGGUAUAUGUAACUGCCGAGAGCCGCUUCAGCACCUUGGCCGAGCUUGUUCACCAUCACUCCACGGUGGCUGAUGGGCUGGUGACAACCUUGCACUAUCCGGCCCCCAAGUGUAAUAAGCCUACAGUCUACGGUGUGUCCCCCAUCCACGACAAGUGGGAAAUGGAACGAACAGAUAUUACCAUGAAGCACAAACUUGGAGGUGGUCAGUAUGGAGAGGUUUACGUUGGCGUCUGGAAGAAAUACAGCCUUACAGUUGCUGUGAAAACGUUGAAGGAAGAUACUAUGGAGGUGGAGGAAUUUCUCAAGGAAGCUGCAGUGAUGAAGGAAAUCAAGCAUCCUAACCUGGUACAGCUAUUAGGUGUGUGUACCUUGGAGCCACCAUUUUACAUUGUGACUGAAUACAUGCCUUAUGGGAACUUGCUUGAUUAUCUCCGAGAAUGCAACCGAGAAGAGGUGACUGCAGUUGUGCUGCUUUACAUGGCCACUCAGAUCUCAUCUGCAAUGGAGUAUUUAGAGAAGAAGAAUUUCAUCCAUAGGGAUCUUGCAGCUCGGAACUGCCUGGUGGGAGAAAACCAUGUGGUGAAAGUGGCUGACUUUGGCUUAAGUAGAUUGAUGACUGGAGACACCUAUACUGCUCACGCUGGAGCCAAAUUUCCUAUUAAGUGGACAGCACCAGAGAGUCUUGCCUACAAUACCUUCUCAAUCAAAUCUGACGUCUGGGCGUUUGGGGUGCUCUUAUGGGAAAUUGCUACAUAUGGAAUGUCACCAUAUCCAGGUAUUGACCUGUCUCAGGUCUAUGAUCUACUGGAAAAAGGAUACCGAAUGGAGCAGCCCGAAGGAUGUCCCCCUAAGGUGUAUGAACUUAUGAGAGCAUGCUGGAAGUGGAGCCCUGCAGAUAGGCCCUCUUUUGCAGAAACACAUCAAGCUUUUGAAACCAUGUUCCACGACUCUAGCAUUUCUGAAGAGGUUGCUGAGGAGCUUGGGAGGGCCGCUGCCGCCUCAUCUGUGGUUCCGUAUCUGCCCCGACUGCCUCUGCUCCCUUCCAAGACCCGGACGCUGAAGAAGCAGGGGGAGAACAAGGAGAACAUCGAGGGGGCACAAGAUGCCACAGAAAAUUCUGCUUCUAGUUCAGCACCAGGGUUCAUUAGAAGUGCACAGGCCCCCAGUGGGUCCCCAGCACUGCCUCGAAAGCAGAGAGACAAGUCACCCAGCAGCCUCUUGGAAGAUGCCAAAGAGACAUGCUUCACCAGAGAUAGGAAGGGAGGCUUCUUCAGCUCCUUUAUGAAAAAGAGAAACGCUCCCACACCCCCCAAACGCAGCAGCUCCUUCCGAGAAAUGGAGAACCAGCCCCACAAGAAAUACGAACUGACGGGGCUUCCAGAGCAGGAUAGGAUGGCAAUGACCCUUCCCAGGAACUGCCAGAGGUCCAAACUCCAGCUGGAAAGGACAGUGUCCACCUCUUCUCAGCCAGAAGAGAAUGUAGACAGGGCCAAUGACACGCUUCCAAAAAAAUCAGAGGAAGGUGCUGCUCCGACCAGGGAGAGACCAAAAGCCAAACUUUUGCCCAGAGGAGGCACCGCUCUUCCUCUUAGAACCCCCACUGGGGAUCCAGCCACUACAGAGAAGGAUUCUCCAGGGUUGGGGGUGGCUGGAGCGGCAGCUGCCCCCAAGAGCAAGGAGAGGAAUGGUGGGGCACGACUUGGCAUGGCUGGAGUCCCAGAGGAUGGCGAGCAGACCGGCUGGGCUUCUCCAGCCAAGACUGCUGCGGUCCUCCCAACCACUCAUAACCACAAAGUGCCCGUCCUUAUCUCACCCACUCUGAAGCACACUCCAGCUGACGUGCAGCUCAUUGGCACAGACUCUCAGGGGAAUAAAUUCAAGCUCUUAUCAGAGCAUCAGGUCACUUCCUCUGGAGACAAGGACCGACCCCGCCGGGUAAAACCAAAGUGUGCCCCACCCCCACCACCAGUGAUGAGACUACUGCAGCAUCCGUCCGUGUGCUCAGACUCCACGGAAGAGCCAGUCGCCCCGACUGCAGUCCAGCCCAAGUCAGAAACACAGGAGGGAGGGAAAAAGGCGGCUCCAGGGGCAGUGCCCAUCAGUGGGAAAGCUGGGAGGCCUGUGAUGCCUCCACCUCAAGUGCCUCUGCCCACAUCUUCCAUCUCGCCAGCCAAAAUGGCCAACGGCACAGCAGGUACUAAAGUGGCUCUGAGAAAAACCAAACAGGCGGCUGAGAAAAUCUCAGCCGACAAAAUCAGCAAGGAGGCCCUGCUGGAAUGUGCUGACCUACUGUCCAGUGCAAUCACGGAACCUGUGCCCAACAGCCAGCUGGUGGACACUGGCCACCAGCUGCUCGACUACUGCUCAGGCUAUGUGGACUGCAUCCCCCAAACUCGCAACAAAUUUGCCUUCCGAGAGGCUGUGAGCAAACUGGAACUCAGCCUGCAGGAGCUGCAGGUGUCUUCCGCAGCUGCUGGCGUGCCCGGGGCAAACCCUGUCCUUAACAACUUACUGUCGUGUGUACAGGAAAUCAGUGAUGUGGUGCAGAGGUAGCCACUGGUAGCCAGGUGGGAAGAUGCACACGUUUCUGAGGGGAGAGGGAAAGGGACUUGUUUUACUUGUGUUCUUGUUUCAGAAAAUGGAAGACUGAUACUUGAGUGUGUUUCUGUGAAGUACCUCAGAUCUCUGAGUUCUCACGUUUACAGGUUCAUCUCAAAAAUAACAAAAAGCAAAAUCCAUGAGAGAGAGGGAAAAUAGAUGGGGGGCAGGGCAGUUGUGGGCCAAAUCAGAAGCUGCACUGAAGCAUCAGGGACAUGUGCCUGUCGAGCUACGAAGGACCGAGUCCAGCCUGUCCUUACCUGGAGUGAUGUGAGCUGGCCAAACAGAGCUGUCGAGCGAGGCCGCUGGGUCUGUGCCCAGACAACGGGGUGGCUGUGGCUCUCAGUUUGCACCACAUGGAAGGGAAUUGACUAGGGGCUCCAGUAGGUACUAGUGGUACUGAUCUCAGUGAGUGGGUGGGGACGAGGCCAAGAGGUUUUGUUCAAGGCUGUUGGAAGCUGCUGUUAGCCUUUCUCCCACAAGGUCACGGCUGCAGUAAGAGCUGCAGCUCAGAUGGCUAGAUGCAAAACUGGGAAACGUGGCCCUUUCUGUACACGCCUGUCCUUUUGUCUGUUGGUGUGUUAGUGGUGCUGGAGAUAAAGAAUGCUAGGAUGUGUGUUCAGGGAGAUUGAAACCUCCUCCUACGUUGUAUACUGCCUAGCAGAAGCCACUUCUCCCAGGCUCGUGUAUGAUUUCAUAAUGGGUGAGGAUGGGCUUUGUGCUCAUUGGUGCCUAUCUGUGAUCCAUAGGCAUAGGGGGUGUCUGGUGGUUUUUCUCUGCCCCUUGCUGGGCAGGCUGUCUUCCUCUGUCCUGGCAGCAUUCAGGGCAUUAACCAGCAUUGAACACUAUUGAAAAUAACAGUCCUGGACAAGGGCUCUCAGGAGAGUCCCUGCAUACUGACGUACUGGCCAAGGACUUGAGCAGCUAUAUAUGUUUCUUUAUCAACUAAAGUGCCAGGGAAAGGGUGUCUUCUUGAAACCCAGCAUUCAGCCGAGGAGCCUGUGACUGAGGGGAAAAGCUGGCUUGGUCCUAAUGACUCUUUCUCUGUACCUUUCCUCUCCCUUAUCACCUUAGACCCAAUCCAGGUAGAGAGUGGGGAGAAGCAUUCUCUCACUGUGUGGAUUUCAAAUGAAUCACCCUAAGUUAUUGUCACAUGCUUUUCUUCUUUCACUGACUCCCCCUGCCAAUUGUUGUGCUUGUUUGUAAAGAUCAUAUCGGAAAUACUCUUUGAUAUUUAUUUUUUCGUUUCACCUCUAUUUACAUAUGCAUAAUUGAAGGAGCAGGUCAUUUUCAGGGGACGCCAAUUAGAUCUUGGAAACCUAAUGGUUCCUUUUCCUUCCCUAUUCAGUUAUUGUUACAGAAGUUAAUUAGGAUCACUUCUGAAUUUAGAACCAAAUCUAAUUGGUUAGAUGUUAUUAAUACUCUCGAUACCAGGUCUAAGUCCAGUGACCACUUCAUUCUCUUUUUAAAACUUUAUGCCCCCUCCAUUCCUGCCUCCAAAGAGAAUGCAAUAUUUUUUAAAAACAUUAUUUUUUUCUCCCAAAGGAAUAUUAACUUAGGAAGAUAGGAAUUCAACACUGGUGGACAGUGAGUUUUCUUCCUGGCUCUGUCAUUGAUCCACUGUCAGCCCCAUCGCCCCUUCUCUUAAUCUAUUAAAUGGAGGUAAUGAUACAUGUUCUCAAGGAUGUUUUGCAAAUAAGUGUAUAAUUAUCCCUUUGAGAGCCUCUCUGGAAAGCUCUUUAGUGCUGUAUUGUUAUGUAUGAAUACGCGUUUUUCAUUCUCCUUUUUCAUCAUCUUUGCUUGGUAGCAGAUGAUGAACUUUAAAACUGCUGAGAUUAUACUAAUCAGGCUAAGGGGAAAAAUGGUUUUGGACAGAGUUUGGCAUCUUUGACCAAGAAGAAAUUUUAGUUUUCAUUAGAAAGAAAGGAAUUGAUUCUUUCUAUGGGUGUUCCAGAGGAGUCCCAGGCAAAAAGAAUAAAAAGCAGGGAGGAGACAGUAUUGGGCAUUCCUUUCAAGGGUUGGGUGGUCCCUCUUGACUGUUACUCGUUGGUGGAACACAGGCAACCGGAGAUCUGGCUGAUCUCUUUGUACUGUUUAGAAGAAUUCCUUUAACUUGGAUUUGAAAACCAACAGUCCUCUGGCCACCUGCUUCUUUGCCACUCUCCUUCAUCAUAUACUUCCAUAAACUUGAAAUUGUUUUAGCAAUUAGCCUUUUAAGGGUGGGGCAGGGAGAGCUAAAACUUUAGAAUAUUAUUAUGCUGCUUUUAAGUUUAUCCCUGUCAUUGUGGAUGCAAGUUGAGGGAUUAGAAUUGUUUUUCAGGGGAUUUUCUUUCUUUCUUUCUUUCUUUUUUUUUUUAAAGCAAGGGGUCUUUUCUUGAGAGCUCUGAAAAUAAGCCUUGGAGGAACACUACUGAGUGUAUUUAAGCUCCCUGGUUUUCUCACCGAAGAGCAGUCUUUGAGGGUGAGGGCUGGGUCUUACUCAGGGGUAGCACCUGGCUCUGUCUCAUUCAUAGUAGGUGCUCAGUAUGUCCAUGGUGGAUUUUCAUUUGUCCCUCAACACUGUCAAGAGUAGCAUUGACUGUUGCAGCACACUCCAUCCACGUGAUGCUUUAACUGCAACUUCAGGAGUUGAGGGCUCAGGGUUCGGGUUAAAGAGACACUGUCAACUUACUAUGAAAAUGUAACUUAGGUUUUUUUCCUUUUUCUACUUGAAAGGGACCAGAUUUUUUAAAAACUAACCAUAUAUAAAUUUAAGCAUUUGAAUUCAAAGCAGAGAAAAUUACUUUUAGAAACUAAAAAUGUAGUUUAAUUCUGUCUAGUUUAAAAACAAAGCAGACAGCAAAAGCAAAAGCCCUUCUACAAGGUGUUGAAAACUUUCUAAAGUGGUUACAUGUGUGCGUCCCUUUGGGGUUGCCACAGAUGGAGUCUUCUCAUGUACAGAUCAUACGAUUUCAGUUUAGAUUUACUACCUUACAAUGCAGUGUUGUGUAAAAUGCAUCUUGUUUGUGCUUUACAUGAAGUAUUUUCUUAAAAGGCUUUGUGUACAAUUAAAAUGUGUAUAUUUUCCUACAGAUCUCCAUUGUGACUUUCAGAGAUAUAGCCUUAAAAAAAAAUUGGUCCUGAGAAAUUUAUUCAGUGUUUUUCCAGGUAGCCUCUAUACAUUGAGGUUAUUAGGUCUCCACUAGACCCAGUGGCACCCCACUCCAGUACUCUUGCCUGGAAUAUCCCAUGGGCGGAGGAGCCUGGUAGGU